AUGGGGCAGGAAAAUAGUAAGCAGACCUUUGAAGAGUCACUUGCAGAGAGACUAAAAAACAAAGGUGUUAAGGUGGAACUACAACAAGUACAGAGGUUCUUACAGUUUGUUGAGGAAUUGUGUCCCUGGUUUCCUGAGUAUGGGAAGCUGAAUGAGGAUUCCUGGGAGAGAGUUAGGGUUGAAAUACAAAAAUACUAUGAAAAACAGGGGCCAGAAAAUGUUCCUGUGGAAGCCCUUGGGCUGUGGGCAUUAAUCUGGGAUAAUUUAGAUCCUAACCCUGAAAAGCAGGAGGGGUCCUUCCCUAAGGCAGAGGAGGUAGAGACAAAACCCUCUGCUCCGCCAGCAGAACCUGAAAACCCUUGUACAGCACCGAUUAAACAGGGUCCGGUUUCUCUUGGCCUUGACGAUAAGUUUAAGGAACAAAAAUCUUGGAAUAAGACAAGGGAGGAACUGAAAAACUUGAAAAGCCUAGUGACUUCUCUUACUCAAAAAAUAGAAACUCUCCAAGUCUCUCCUCUUCCCUCUGUAGGGGUGGAACUAGACUCACCUGAGGAGGCCUCUUUUAGAAUGGAAAAGUCACCUGUAAUUGCCAUAGCACAGAGAUCCUCUGAGGCAAUGCGAACCCUCUCUGUCAAAGCUACAUCUCCUCUUCAAGCUAGCCUCCGGGAAGCUGCUAGUAAAGGGGAAGAAAUUCAAGGCUUUCAAAUGUUUCUGGUCCUGGAAGAGCAGGACCGUCAGGGUAAUAUCUUAAGAGUGCAUGUUCCCAUUCCUUUCAAACAGCUUAAGGAGUUAAAAACAGCAUGUAGUCAAUAUGGCCCAACUGCUCCUUUUACAACAGCAUUGCUAGAAAGCCUGGCUUUAGAAGUUUUGCCCCCGGGUGAUUGGAAACAAAUGGCCCGAGCAUGUCUAUCUGGAGGUGACUAUCUGCUGUGGAAAAGUGAGUUCGUGGAACAGUGUCAGGCCACAGCUGAAAUAAAUCGGGCACAACAGAUCCCUAUCACCUUUGAUAUGCUCGCUGGGGAAGGCCCUUAUCGAGAAACAGGUCAACAGUUAAACUUUGAUAUAGCGGUGUAUGCUCAGGUUCAGGCCGCUGCCAAAAGGGCUUGGAAUAUGCUUCCAUCAUCAGGAAGACAAACUGAGGAUUUGUCCAAGAUAAGGCAAGGGCCUGAUGAGUUAUUUCAAGAUUUUGUUUCCAGAUAA